AGUUGCAAACAAACGGUCGCUCACCAGUGUGCCACCGUAAGUGGGCCUUCAGAUGCGACGUUUUCCCGUAGACCUUGCCGCAACCAGGAACGAUAUUUUUGGACAUGAUUGUGCAAAAUUUCGCUAAGUGAGCAACAUCCUCGAGCUGCGAGGCUCAAAUUGUUACCAUUGGUGUUCGGUCAUUUACGAAGUCGGUUUAAUUCGCGCGUGAGUACGUCGUUCGUCGUGUGUGCUUUUCCGUAUUUUGGCGGAUUUACAGCGCAAUAAUUGCUAUAUAUAAUAUACAUGCUUAAGCUUACGUAUAUAGUAUUCACGAAUAAAGGAGUCGCGGAUACGAUUGUGUGAAAUUUCAUUGAAUGAAAAAUGUGUUCGGAGUCGCGAUAACGAAGAUUUCGACGUGUGAAAUAUCGCGAGAACGAUUGUGCGAAGUGUUUAUAUUGGAACCGCGAUUGUUUCGUAAUUUUCGUCGCGUCGGUCGCGCGUGUGUGUGUGAAAUGUGUAUACUUGGAUAUGGAUUUGGACCAACGAUAAAGCAACGAAUGCGGCUGUUGAGAAGAGAUUAUUGUCGAAUUUCGAUUUACACAUUGGAUUGCAUCGUAGCUGCGAACGAUGUCCGAAAGAAGCAACUGCGAGGAUCGAAGAGCGAAAUUUGUGAGGAGGAUCAACGACGAUCGACCGCUUCAAUGGAUCCCUCUUUUGGGCGCAUAAUACUCAAGGGAGGUUCUGUGAAGUGGCCGGUGAUCAUGGACGACGAACAUCUCAACGUUUUGCAUUUUCGAUGGCUCAGACGACAUCUCUAUUAUUAAAUACGAAAUUCAAAUACAGACCUGACCUGCUUGAUAAAUGCAAUGUAUCUCUCUUGGAAAGAGAGAUUGUCUAUAAUAUCGAGUGACAGAAAGAAAUCAAGAAAAACUUCGAUAUUUGUACAUCGGGAGAACGUUUUUAUAUUAUCUAUGUAUAUGAAUUUUUUGACAGUACACCUUUCUUUCUCACUUCAUAAUAUGAAAAAUACUACUUAUAAAGCUAUUAAAAAUGGUUCUUUUUAAAUCUGAAGCCUAUAAAUAGAAGAAUAGAAGAUGUCAAUAUCGAAAUAAACGCACGCAGUUUAGAAAAAUCUUUUAAUAAG